AUGGCAUCAGCGUCCGACGGUGGCGAAGAUCAAGCGACAUUAGCCAAUCAGCAAACGAACAUAGACGAAUCGACGGUGAAAGAACCUUUAGACUUAGUUCGAUUAUCCUUAGACGAAAGAGUGUACGUGAAACUAAGAAACGAUCGAGAGUUGAGAGGGAAAUUACACUCCUACGAUCAACACUUGAACAUGUUGUUGGGAGAAGUCGAAGAAAUCACGACGAUUCGAGAGGUUGACGAGGAGACGUACGAAGAGAUUAUCAAGAGUAACAAGAGAAGUGUGCCGUAUUUGUUCGUGAGAGGUGACGCGGUGACACUGAUAUCGCCGCACGAAAUUCGUUCGUAA